CCUCUCUACAUAAAGCCAGGCAGGCUGGGCCUCAGGUAAGGCCUAUGGCCAUGGCCUUCACAGACCUGCUGGACACUCUGGGUGGCGUGGGCCGCUUCCAGCUCAUCCAUACAGCCCUGCUGUUGCUGCCUUGCGGCCUGCUGGCCUGCCACAACUUCCUGCAGAACUUCACGGCCGCUGUCCCCCCGCACCACUGCCGGGGCCCUGCCAACCACACUGAGGCCUCCAUCAACGACUCGGGGGCCUGGCUGAGGGCCACCGUACCCCUGGACCAGCUUGGGGCCCCUGAGCCCUGCCGGCGCUUCACCAAGCCUCAGUGGGCCCUGCUGAGCCCCAACUCCUCCAGCCUGGACGCGGCCACGGAGGGCUGCAAGGACGGCUGGGUCUAUAACCACAGUGUUUUCCCAUCCACCAUCGUGAUGGAGUGGGAUCUGGUGUGUGAGGCCCGUACUCUCCGAGACCUGGCGCAAUCUGUCUACAUGGCUGGGGUGCUGGUAGGGGCUGCCGUGUUUGGCAGCCUGGCAGACAGGCUGGGCCGCAAGGCCCCCUGGUCUGGUCCUACCUGCAGCUGGCAGCUUCGGGGACCGCCACAGCGUAUUUCAGCUCCUUCAGUGCCUACUGCAUCUUCCGGUUCCUGAUGGGCAUGACCUUCUCUGGCAUCAUCCUCAACUCCCUCUCCCUGGUUGUGGAGUGGAUGCCCACCCGGGGCCGGACCGUGGCAGGUAUCUUGCUGGGGUACUCCUUCACCCUGGGCCAGCUUAUCCUGGCGGGGAUAGCCUACCUGAUUCGCCCCUGGCGGUGCCUGCAGUUUGCCGUCUCUGCUCCUUUCCUGAUCUUUUUCCUCUAUUCUUGGUACGUCCUGAACAGAGUGGGGUGGGGGAGGGUCCACCUGUGUGGCCGAGUCUUCACCUGGCCCUGUGAGAGGUUGGGAUGUGCAGUGACUGGGACUUGUUGGACUUGACAUGGGACACGAAGGAUGGCAGGCAUUUGUGAAGGCUGCAAGCUCUCAAGUCCUCACGAAUGGCUACCGGGACACUCUGGUAAAAAUCCCUUGCAUUAGUGUGGCGCUCUGGAACAUCCCAAGAGCUUUUGCCUUCAUCAACUCCUUCACAUCCCUCAACACUUUAUAAGUACUCUAAGUACUUAUAAAGUUAUAAGAAUAUAACUGGGCAUUUAUAAGAGGGUAAUGAGGCACAGCCUCAUUACAGAGAGGGCCCAUGACUCACUCAAGGCCACACAGCUGGGGUCAGAACCAGAUUCAAAACCAGGUCUGGGACAGGUGCGGUGGCUCACACCUGUAAUCCUAGCACUUUGGGAGACUGA